AAGAGCUGAGAAGACGGCUCCAGGACCACCUAGCAGCCAAAGGAAAGCCGGAACGCCCAAGUGCAAAACCUUUUUUAAAGGACCAGAAGAAUUGCCUGAAUCUACCCUUAGAACCAGCUUCUAAACCAGAGCAUGUUGACCGGAACAAGAAGGAUGUUCUCAGAAACGUGGUGAAGGGUGCUCAGAGGGAUGGCACCAAAACCACACAGCGCACUGGCCACGCUGCUCAGCAUCAUUCCAGUACAUCCCAGAGAGCAGCGGCGGUGCGCCCAGAGCAGCCGAAGCGGAGUGCAAAGCUCCCUGUGGGGCUUGUGCCCAGCGUAAGCCGCUCUGUGCAGCCCAGAGGGAGGCUCCCGACUUCAGCCUCUGGUCACCUAAAUCCAGAAAGGACCAAGAAGCCUGCGCAGGAGACUGUCACCGCUGCAGCACCUCAGACUGGAAGAGACCACCCCCCUCCUGGGGCACCUUGCUCCCUAAAUGAGGACCUGCAGGACAGGCUGGUCUGCAACAAAGAAAAUGUCCGAACACAAGCCUCUACACACCCGGUGCUGAACGGGGGUUUUCAGUCCGGUGGCAGCAGUCUCGGGAACAAGAGAGUCUUGGCUCACGGGCAAAGCUCGGUCACAAUGUCAAGAACCGUCACAGGCCCAAAGGACAGAAUGAAGAGCUGCCAGACUAAAGAAGAGCCGAUUCAGGAUAAAUUCAGGAAAACCCUGCCAGGCUCAAAGAGCGUGUCUCAAAAACCAAGUAUCAAAACUCAGCCGUUGCAGCCCCCUCGGCCACUUACUGCUUCUACUAAUUUGCUACAUAAAAAGCCAGGGGCAAACCAGGAAAACACCAACACAGCACGGCAACCCACAGGAAAGCCACUCGGCAUGCUGCCAGCGGGAAGGCUUCAGCACCACAGUAGACCCCCUCAAAUGAAAAGAUCUCCCACAAAGGCCCUGGCCUUCAGCAGGCCCCAGGGGACCACAAACCUGAAAUCCAGCCUGAAACCGGGUGGUACCGUGCAAUGUCAAAGGCCCACGGCCCCAAGGCAGGCGGGUGGGAAGGACGUGAAGGUGGUGCCUCCCGGACACGCGGCAGCGUCCCGAGUGACGCUGCCCCAAAACCAGCCUCGCAGCGCAUACAGCUCCAAAACUCAAGCACUUGAGAGUGAUUUCAGGAGUAGGAGAGAGAGGCUUAAACCAGAGCUGCCAAAGGCAAGUGUGCUACAGGCCAGGCGUGUUCCCAAGACCCCGUCGGCCGCGGAUCGUAAGAAGCAGCUGGAGGAGUGGUUGGCAUCCAAAGGCAAGACAUACAAGCGGCCGCCUAUGAUGCUGCUUCAGAAAAACCCGGGGAAGCUGUCCUGCAGAAAUGUCAAGGAGAAAGAGAAGCAAGAGAAACCAGAGCAGCGAGCCCUGGAGAAGAUCAACAACAUAUUAACUGAGUGCCUGAAGCUCGCUGAGGAGGGUGUCCAGGCAGAGGAGCUCUUUGCCGUGCUGUCCCACGUGCCCCAGGCAGAGAAAUUUGCCAAGUUCUGGAUCUGCAAAGCGAAACUGCUCGCCCGGAGCGGCCCUUUCGACGUGACGGGGUUGUACAAAGCGGCGGUCUGCGCGGGCGCUGUGCCGCUCCAGGAGCUGAGAGAAGUUGUCCUUGAUAUGUUGAAGGCUGCAGACCGAACUUCAGAAGGGCAAAAGGCUCAGCAGCCCGUUCCUGGGGACCCCACGACGCCUUGCCCGAGUGAGGGGCAGCACGUGGCAGUGACUCCCUGCCCGCUGGGCAGGUCCCUGACCAGCUUGCCGCUCUCCAUCAAGUUACAGGUUACAUCUGCAUCCAGAGCAAAGGAGCUGCUGGAAGGCCCAGAGCUGAAAUUCCUAACGCCGGUGCGGCGCUCGCUGCGGAUAGAGGGGGCUGGGAGCCGCUACCCAGAGAUGCUGAAGGACCACGACCCUGUGGUGUCAUCCCUCAGUGAACUCCUGGAUGCUGAGGAGGAGACUCAGUUCUUCUUCCGGAAAAACAAGGCUUUGCCAGAGGUGGCAGAGCUGGAGGGUUUGAGUUUGUAUCCCCCAGAGUGCUGCUGA